AUGGCACCUUUAGCGGCGACAGAAAUAUCCGAUCACCACCAUCUCGAAUCCGGUCACCACCAUCUCAAAUAUCCGGUCACCACCAUCUCAAAUCCGGUCACCACCAUCGGGAUUAUGUUUUCUGUAUUGUUGAUAUUCGCUUAUCUGAUGGCUGAUGCGGCCCCCUGGGGACAUGGGGGUGACGGCGCUGGUGAUCCACCGCUUCCUCCUGGUGGAUUUCGUGGCACACACGAGACAGACGCGGUUCCCCCGAAGAGGGUUAGGGGGAAAGCAAAAAACGAGAAGCUAAGGCGUCUGGUAAAAGCGGGGGGGCCUGUAUCGCUUACGUUUGACAGGCAGGUGACGUAUACCCCUGUUGGUAAAACAAGAGAUAUGUUUUCACGGGAGGCCGGCCUGUAUAUGUGGUUCGAUAAAAUUGGAUGGGAUAACGUUGAACAACAUUACAAGGAUGCCCUCAUGAACCACUUACGGGAAAAUUUCAAUUUUGAUGAAGUGGAACGUGAUAUAGAGGCCAAAAACUUGACGGGUGGCAUUAGGGCUGUACUUAUGAAGCGGUACUCUGACCGCAAGCACGAUGCUAAAAAAUUAUUUAAGAGCAAGGGAGGUUACAAUGAUCUUGAGAGUGCAAGGGCAUUCCAUCCCCCGGAUAUGCCCUAUGAUAACUGGUUGAGAACCAUUGAAGGUUUCCGGGAAGAAAAAUAUAUUAAAAGAAGCAAGGCCAACACACUAGUACGCGAGAAACAACAAUUCCCAUACCGUGGGGGGACAUCUUCGUACGGUAGCACCGCCAAUAAAAAUAUAAUGUUUUAUGUAUGUGUGCGUGUGUGUAAGCUUUUGUUUAUUUAAUGUCUAAUCUAAGUUUAAUGUUAAACAGGAUAUGGAUUGGGUACCUACGUAUGCUAAAACCCACACGGACAAUCAAGGGAAUUGGGUUGAUCCGGUUGCUGAACAA